AUGGCAGUGCACAAAACAGGCUUUAAUGCGAGCACCGAGGCAACCUUGACUGGGAUUUACCCGCCUGAUGGAUUCGAGGAUGGCGUGCGCUUAAAACCACCACAGAAGGACGGGGUGACAAAGUCGAAUCCUAGCAAGCGACAUCGGGAGCGAUUGAACGCCGAGCUGGAUACACUAGCAUCAUUACUUCCUUUCGAGCAAAAUAUCCUCAGCAAGCUGGAUCGACUCAGCAUCCUCAGACUCAGCGUAAGCUACCUCCGCACCAAGAGCUACUUUCAAGUGGUAAUGCACAAGGAUAAGGAGGAGAAUUCACACCACGACUCGCACUACAGGGCGAGAGAGCUGGCAGCGCUCGCUGCUUACGACCAUCAUCACCUCGACGGCGAAAUGUUCCUACAG